AUGUUCUUUGCGGACGAAGAGAUUAAUUUACCGAAGAUGUUCAGUGACGGUUCAAGUUCUAUUGAUUGUUCCGGUGAACGCGGACCGUUGGUGGAACUGCAAAUGUCUACGCCGGUCAACCACUUGAUACAGUCAAAAGAUACAUAUCGAUUGGAUGGAAUUAGAGGUCUUUACGCUGGAACGGUGCCUGCGCUUGUGGCGAAUAUAGCUGAAAAUGCUGUCCUUUUUACUGCUUACGGCUACUGCCAAAAAGCGGUUAGUGUGAUAUCCGGCCACUAUGACGUGAAGUCAAUGACACCGCUUGAAAAUGCAUCUGCCGGAUCGCUUGCAUCUGUAUUUGCAGCCCUAGUAUUGUGUCCUACAGAGCUGGUGAAAUGUCGACUACAGGCAGCACGUGAAGUUGGCCAUAAAUGCACUCCAUUCUCCGUAUGUCGGGAUAUGUUCAAUGAGAGGGGAAUCCGUGGUUUCUUCAUUGGAAUGUCGCCAACAUUAGCAAGAGAGGUUCCAGGAUAUUUCUGUUUCUUCGGUGCCUACGAAGCUUCACGAUAUAUGUUAGCUAAAGAAGGACAAGAAAAGGACGAUAUAGGUUUACUGAAAACAGCGGCAUCUGGUGCUGUAGGCGGCAUGGCGCUUUGGGCUGCAAUUUUUCCGUUUGAUUCAAUUAAGUCUCGGAUGCAGGUCUCUGGCGGAGGCAACUUCCUAGGACUAACGUUAAGUGUUGUGCGCACGGAAGGUAUACGAGCACUCUACAAGGGUCUCCUUCCGACUCUAAUCCGUACUUGUCUUGCAUCGGGAAGUCUUUUCGUGACAUACGAAGAGUCAAAGAAAUUCAUGAAACCGAUUGAGUCCGACGACACCCGCAGCCCAACACUAUAUCACUCCCACAUUCUUCGCUUACACACUUCUCAAUAG